GUCGGUGUCGUCCUGCCCACGGCGCGCGCGGUUGUUAGAGUGGAGUAGAGUGAGAGCGCCCGCCCGCCCGGCCAAGCCCGAGGCAGAGCUGGACCUGCUGGACCCCUGUCGCUGGCUGCCCCCCGCGCGCGUUAUAUCUGUGCUCCACAGGGGGAGAGUCCCAUUCCGUCAGUGAUAGCCAGCUGCUCCGCUCCGCCGCUAUCGGGCUCGACACCCAGAUCCCAAUGCGCGCCGCCGCGUCGCUCUAGGCCGAGAAGCUGUGCUGGUGUGACCGAGACGCCCGGAGGGUCGCGCGCGCGGACGUGCAGCCAUGGUGAAGCUCCUGGCCGUGCUGGCGCUCGUUGCCGCCGCCGCGCCGUUCCUCCGCGCCGCCGGUCAGGGCGGCGACGAGGCCGGGCCGCUGCCGUUCGCGGUGGGCGCGGCGCCGGCGGGGUGCGACGUCGGGCGCGGGGAGUGGGUGCGCGACGAGGCGGCGCGGCCGUGGUACCAGGAGUGGGAGUGCCCCUACAUCCAGCCGCAGCUGACGUGCCAGGCGCACGGCCGCCCCGACAAGGGAUACCAGAACUGGCGGUGGCAGCCGCGCGGGUGCUCGCUGCCCAGCUUCAAUGCGACGAUGAUGCUGGAGAUGCUGCGGGGGAAGCGGAUGCUGUUCGUGGGCGACUCGCUGAACCGGGGGCAGUACGUGUCCCUGCUGUGCCUCCUCCACCGCGCCAUCCCCGACAGCGCCAAGUCGUUCGAGACCCUGGACUCGCUGAGCAUCUUCAGGGCCAAGGACUACGACGCCACCAUCGAGUUCUACUGGGCGCCCAUGCUCGCCGAGUCCAACUCCGACGACGCCGUCGUGCACCGCGUCGACGACCGCGUCAUCCGCGGCGCGCCCAUGGACAAGCACUUCCGGUUCUGGCAGGGCGCACACAUCCUCGUCUUCAACUCCUACCUCUGGUGGACGGCCGAGGACAAGAUCAAGAUCCUGAGGGGCGCCGACAAUGAUCUGAGCAAGGACAUCGUGGAGAUGAAGGCGUCCGAGGCCUACCGGCUGGUGCUGCACCAGGUGGUCCGGUGGCUGGAGCGCAACGCCGACCCCAAGAACUCGAGGGCCUUCUUCGUCACCGCGUCGCCGACCCACACAGAUAGCACGGCGUGGGGCGAGGAUGUCGAGGGCGGCAACUGCUACAACCAGACGACGCCAAUCGGCGACGCGUCCUACUGGGGCAGCACGAGCCGGGAGAUGCUGCGGGUGACGGAGGAGGUGCUGGCGACGUCGCGGGUGCCCGUCGGGGUGGUGAACAUCACGCAGCUGUCCGAGUACCGCCGGGACGCGCACACGCAGACGUACAAGAAGCAGUGGAUGGAGCCGACGCCGGAGCAGCGCGCCGACCCCAGGAGCUACGCCGACUGCACGCACUGGUGCCUCCCCGGCGUGCCCGACACCUGGAACGAGCUGCUCUACUGGAAGCUCUUCUUCCCCAGCAACGACCAGGCCCUCUGAUCGAUCUGAUCGGUGGUGCGUACAUACACUUGGAAAAGGAUUGUUGGAAGGGGCUAGCCCAUGUAAUGUAACAUCGAUCGCGCGGCACGUGCAUCGUCGAGAGGAAUUAAGAAGUGUAGAUUAAGAAAUUGAACGUCGUGUGCGAUAUGAUUAGUUGAUGUUCAUGGAGCAGAAACCUUGGGUGGUGGCCGAUGGUGUAAUCCUUUUUUUGUUUUUUUUCCUUUUCUUUUUCGAUCAGUGCAAUGACGCUCUUUUGUUGAAUGAAGGAACGAAGAAACAAUUCAUAGAAAAACA